AUGCUGCUCUCUCGCAUAUCGCGGCCGAUGCCGCUGUCCGCGAAGCCCAUCACGAGGCCAGUGAUGCUAUGUAGGCGAUGCAUCUGGGCAACGACGUCAGCGGGCUUUGGGAGCCAUCGGCCGCGAAGGGACAUCGCCCCUGUGCCGCCCACCUUGAAAAUCAUAAAGCGAUUCAACCACCAACCCGGUGACCAGGCGGAUAAAGGCGUCGCGAAGAAGGCACUCGUCAGCCCAGCCAUUCACGAGGACAUCUACACGAUACCGAACUUCCUCACCUUUACCCGACUCGUCGCAAGCCCAGUCGUAGGAUACCUCGUGCUGCAGGAUGCGCACACCUGGGCCGUCGGCUUGCUGGCCUACGCUGGCUUUACAGAUCUGCUGGACGGCUGGAUAGCGAGGAAAUGGAAUCGCAGGACAGUCGUCGGCACGAUCAUUGAUCCAAUGGCGGACAAGGUUCUGAUGACUGUGUUGACGGUAUGCCUGGCCAUCAAAGGAGCACUGCCUGUCUGGGUUGCGAGCAUCAUCCUGGGCAGGGAUGUCGGACUCGCUAUUGCAGCCAUAUACUACCGCUGGAUCUCACUGCCGCCCCCAAAGACAUUCACACGAUACUGGGACUUUUCACUGCCAUCCGCCGAAGUCCGACCCACGACCAUCAGCAAAUACAACACCUUUCUUCAGCUGGCACUGGUUGGUCUGACGACUGCAGCACCGCUCUUGAGUGUCGAUUUGGCGCCGACGCUUACAAUUUUGCAAUAUGUGGUAGCUACGACGACUGUGUGGAGCGGAGCGAGUUAUGUCUUUUCGAAAGACGCCAUCAAGAUUCUGAACAAGCCUUGA